UGAAUUUCACAACCGAGGCGUCUUUAAGCGCUCCACAGUGCACGAGCGACAGGGGAAAUCGAGUUUACUUUGUCUUUUAGCUUCCGCAUACAUUAUGGGAAUUAUGAUGUGAAUGACGCGAAAUUCAUCAUAAACUACAUCACCAGGAAAGCGUGAUAAUGGCUUCAUGUCUGUGUCGAUACCGCCAGCGGAUCUUGUUCUUCUGUUCGCCGUGCAUAUUGCUGCUCCCAGUCUACAUAUAUGUCUCAAUUUCUUUGUGCUAUGUCAUGAAACAUGGGCCACCUGGUGCACAUGUUGUUCAUUCUGUGCUGCCGACACGUUUUACUGCCAGCGGUCUCAAACACUCCAGAGAUCUGGCUCCUCAUCCUGCGAAAUCCUUCUGGAGAAGCGAGCUAGAUAGUAGCGCUCUGUGGAACAACAUCCAGUUCGAGACGGAUCUCCAGUAUAACCCCAUCCUAAGGCCUCACCUGGCUGCAAAUGCAUCCAGUGUUUCUUACAACACUGGGGUUGGAUGUUCUCCAAAUUAUGAGAUUAACAAUAUAAUGCAUGAUUAUACCAAUCUACCAAACCAGAUGAAGAAUUUUGUGACCACCAUGCACUGUCGAGACUAUCCGCUGCUCAUAGAUCCUUUAGAUGUUUGUGAUCCUCAAGCAAAGAAAUGGCCACUGAUAUUGCUCAUGGCCAUCAAAACUCAGACUGCAAACUUUGAUAACAGGGAAGCCAUACGAGAAACUUGGGGCCGUUCAGGAAAAAUAAAAACCAGAAGUGGAAAUCAAAGGCUCGUUCGCAGGGUCUUCCUUCUGGGGAAGUCCGAAGACUUGCAUAUUGAAGAGAAAUUGCAUUUAGAGAGUGAAAAAUAUGGUGAUAUCAUCCAGUGGGACUUUAUGGACACUUUCUUCAACCUCACCUUGAAGGAUGUGCUGUUCUGGGACUGGUUCUCAAGGCGUUGCCCACAUGCCCAUUUCAUUUUUAAGGGUGACGAUGAUGUAUUUGUGAGGACACCUGCUGUCCUAGACUAUGUGCUGGCUGAAGCGGCAAACAGAAGCUUCUCAAAUGGAUCCAGGCAGGCAAAUAAAAUGGAGACAUUUGUUGUGGGGGACGUGAUCAGCAAUGCUGCACCUAUACGCUCUAAUGGGACCAAGUACUACAUCCCGGAGAGUUUCUAUGAAGGGCUGUACCCAUCAUACCCUGGUGGAGGAGGGGUGCUUUACUCUGGUUCUCUGGCACAUAGGCUUUUGGAGGUAUCACAGAGGGUUCAUCUGUUCCCCAUUGAUGACGUCUACCUGGGUAUGUGUCUUCAGAGACUGGGAGUUUACCCUAUCCACCACCCUGCCUUCCUCACCUUUGACUUCCCCAAAGAUGAGGCCAAGGAACCCUGUGCGAAUCACACCAUGCUGCUGGUGCACAAGCGAAGCCCAGCUGAGAUGUUCCAACUUUGGACUGAAACAUCGACACCCAGCCCUGAAUGCAGAAAUGCAAUGCUGAGAGUCAAACCUAGACCUGACUGAAAGCCACAGACUGAUCUUUUUUUUUUUGUUAAAGCAUGUUCUCAUUUUUACUGAACACUUGGAAACUUGUUAUGCAUUGCGAGGUAUAUUGUGUAAAUUUUAGUUUGGAAUAUUUUUUUUUUUUUACUUUUACAUUUUGCCGCAAUAGCUGGCUAAAAGUUUUAUAAAAAGGGUUUCUGCAGGUUUUAUGAUGGUAAAUUCAAGACCUUUUAAAUACCGUUUUAAGACCAAGUAAAGAAAAUUUAAGGAAUUUAUUGAAAUGUCAAUAUGUUUUCAAAAUCCAAAUGUCUAGGGAGCACGCAGUGAGUUGUAUUUGCAACACUUGAACAUUUAAAAACAGAUCUAUACCUCUGCUCCAAAAAACUAGAGUAUUUCAAUAGUCAUAACUUUUAUUGUUCCUGUGAAAAAUAGUGACGUUCUUCAGUGUUGUUUUCAAGUAUAAAUGUCUAAAAAAUCUAAAUCUCGUCUAACAUCUUGUUUUAAGCAUAAUCACACAUAAUUUUGUUAGAUUUGUCAGAAAAAAAAAAGACUUCAUAUCUUCAUUUUACAUCGAAAGUAGAAGAAUCUUGAUUUAAGUAUGUUUUGAUAUAUUUGCAUCGGUAAAAAAAAAAAAAGACAACCACUGAAAAAGAUAAUUUUUUUUAGGUGAAUGCAACAUUCAAUGCCAAAACUUUAAGAUUUUAAGACUUUGUUUCAAUUUAUGAACUUUUUAAGGCUUCUAUUUGUGGAAGGGUGAAUUAAGUCUUUUUAAGACCCACAGAAACCCUGAUAAAGAAAAAUGAAAAAAAAAAAUAAUAAUAAUAAUUUCAUGCUGACUGUCUAAUGAUUUUAAUUCUGACUUUAAUGUGUUACUGUAAAUGAGUGUUAAAUUAGCUCAAACUGUGAAAAACGUCAAGUGUACAAAACAAAGUUUAUUACAACAUCGUAUUUACAAGAAUUAUAAUAUACAAUGUUUCUUUUAAUGAAACAAAAUGAGUUAGAGAUUUGAAACAAAUUAAACUUAGGCAGAAACUUCUGAAAGCCAUCACAGAGAAAUCAUUCAAUGCAAUAAUAGCUCAGUCUCAGGCACCAGUACAGUUUGUCCAGAUUUUUAAGCCCAAUUAAGGUUCAUAUAAACUUGUUGGUCAUGCUGUGGUGGAAGCAUCUUCCAGUAUCAUGCAGUUUUUAAUGCUCUUCCUUCACCGUCAUCUUCCUCUUCUUUGUCACCAUUACUGUCAUCCUCCUCAUCAGUCUCUUCCUCACUUUCACUGUAGAGAACAGUGGCACGAUUGGUGUUUACAAAAAGAUCGCUGUCGUCAUCCUCAGAAUCGCUG